AUGUACAACCAUCGUUCCAUCGUGCCUUCUGCAGGCUCGCAGGGCCCUCCUUCCGGCCCACCUCCUCCAGGUGCUCCCGGUGGCGCCGGCCCUUCCCAGGCUGCUGCAGGUGCACCUCAUCCAGGAGGCCCAGUUGCCGGUGGUCCCAGCGGCCCCGCGCCUCCUGGCCCUCCUGGCGCCGCCGCCGGUCCUCCCGGUGGUGCACCACCCGCAGGAGCACCGCACACCAGCUCCGCACGUCUUGCAGACCUUCUCGACUUUGUCCGACACGAGUUCGACCUGCUCGGCAACGAUACCGCACAAUUCAAGGCGCAACGCGACGAAAUGGAACAUCGAGUCACGCAACAAAUCAGCGAAGUCAACAUGAUGCAGAACCACUUUUACGACCUCGAAAAGCGGCACUCCCAGAUCAUUCAGCAGUACGAAGAGGAAGUCAAGCGUCUCCGCAGCAUCCUCGACUCCAGAGGCUUGUCCGCAGAACACGGCGCCGCUCCCACAUCAGGCCCCAUGGGCGGUCCUCCUCAUCUGCCUGCCUCGGGUGCAUCGGGUCCGCUGCCAAUCGCUUCGGCCGGUGGUCCCCCGCCCCCUGGUGGCCCUGGUGGCCCGGGCUCUGCUGGCAUGUUCGGUCCCAACGGCAACGGUUCUGGUCCUGGACCCGCCUCCGAGCACGGUCGUGGCCCCAACGGCUUCGACCGAGAACGCGAGCCCGUGCGUGGCCCCACCCCUGGCGGCAAGGACGCAAAGCGCAUGCGCGUCGAGGGCCCCGGAUCGCACUACAGCGGCCCGCCCAGCCCGGGCCCGGAUCGCGAGCGCGACUGGAUCAAGAAGGAGGAACGCGACCGUGCGCAUCGCGACGAAAAGUGGGAACGCGAUCCCCGCGGUACUGGACCGCCACUCGGUCCGGGUCCAGCGCAGUCGCCGCACGGCGCACCACCCCUCCCGCCUUCCAACUCGUACAAUCGUGACAUUCACCGCGAGCGCGAGCGUGGCGAGCGUCCCGGCGAGGGCCCCUCGCGUGCCGACUCGCCCGGCGCCGCCGCAGCUGCGGCCGGCAACGUCUCGCUCGCCAGCCUCAGCGACAUGGACCCAGACGAGAUCCCUAAAGAGCUCAAGAAGGAAGGCCCCGACUGGCUCGCCAUCUUCAACCCCAAGGUGAAGCGCACGCUCGACGUCAACCUCGUCCACACCUUUUUGCACGAGAGCGUCGUCUGCUGCGUGCGCUUCUCGGCCGACGGCAAGUUCCUCGCCACGGGUUGCAACAAGUCGGCGCAGAUCUUUGACACAAAGACGGGCGCAAAGACGUGCGUGCUCACCGACCAGUCGGCCAACUCCAAGGGCGAUCUGUACAUCCGCAGCGUCUGCUUCAGCCCCGACGGCAAGUGUCUCGCGACGGGUGCCGAGGACAGGCAGAUCCGCAUCUGGGACAUCAGCAAGAAGAAGGUCAAGCACCUCUUUUCGGGCCACAAGCAGGAGAUCUACUCGCUCGACUACUCCAAGGACGGACGCAUCAUCGCGUCGGGUUCGGGCGACAAGACGGUGCGCAUCUGGGAUGUGGAGAACGGUCAGCUGCUGCACACGCUCUACACCUCGCCCGGUCUCGAACACGGGCCUAGCGAGGCGGGCGUGACGUCGGUGAGCAUCUCGUCCGACAACAGGUUGGUAGCUGCGGGCGCACUCGACACGCUCGUUCGCGUCUGGGAUGCCCAGACCGGCAAGCAGCUCGAGCGACUCAAGAGCCACAAGGACUCGAUCUAUUCCGUCUCGUUUGCGCCCGAUGGCAAGUCGCUCGUUUCGGGCAGUCUGGACAAGACGCUCAAGCUGUGGGAUCUCACUGGAACCGCCAAGGCGGUGCAGGAGAACAGGGCCGAGGAGAAGGGCGGUCACGCCACGUGUGCCACCACCUUUGUCGGGCACAAGGACUACGUGCUCUCGGUGUCGUGCAGUCCCGAUGGUCAGUGGGUCGCAAGUGGUAGCAAGGACCGCGGCGUUCAGUUCUGGGACCCACAGACGGCUCAGGCGCAGUUCGUGCUGCAGGGCCACAAGAACUCGGUGAUCGCCAUCAACCUCAGCCCCGCCGGAGGCUUACUGGCCACGGGAAGCGGCGACUUCAAUGCCAGAAUCUGGUCGUACGACCGCAUCUAA